GAGGUGACGUUCUGCAGUUAGCGCCCGACGAGGUUCGCGGUUGUUCGCGUGCGUUGCAACAGGGAGCUGGUACAGUGCGAAGUUUUUGCUUUGCAUUUGACAGUGCGCGUAUUUCGUAUUUAUACGUGUGGUGUGUUUUAAGAGUGGUUUCUUCUGUAAUCGUUAAUAUUUUUCGAAGAUUUUAAAUUAUUUGUUAAUGUCCUGCGGAUAUUAUUUAAGCAAGUCAUUUAAGGUUUCUGCGUGAAAAAGCAAUCUUUCAGUGUUUAUUGUUAAGCAGUGUUACAGUGCUCACACUUUAUAAUAAAGCCUGAAACAAUUUUUUCGGUGACAUGUUCCUGAUAUUGCAAUUGUGUCAUUUUCUUCUCUGUGCGGUGCAUACGUUUGGAGUAUCACAUGAAGAAAUAGUCGCAUCAGUGGAGACUACAGCUGUGUUAACUGGCGUCGCGAGGUUGCCUUGUGAUCUACAGACAGCGGCUGCCACCGAUAAGGUGACCCUCGUGAUCUGGUACAAAGAUAGCAGCAAUAAACCUAUUUACAGCCUGGACGCUCGGGGUCGCUCCCUAGACCAGGCGACGCACUGGGCAGACGAACAUGCCCUAGGGGGGCGCGCUUUCUUCCGUGUGACUGACACCGAUCAGCCGGCUGGGACGCACCUUGCGGUCGAGAACGUGCGUGACACAGACGCCGGUUCAUACAGAUGCCGAGUGGAUUUCCAGGGUUCCCCUACGCGGAACUCCUUGGUCAACCUCACUGUACUCGUUCCGCCCAGGAAGCUGACGAUUCUGGACGAGAACGGAACGAACGUACAGCAGAAGCGGGUAAUAGGGCCGUACAUUGAGGGCAGCACUGCGCAGAUAACCUGCGUUGCUUCUGGAGGUCGCCCCACACCGCGAGUCACGUGGUGGAGAGACGGCAUUGAGAUCGACAACUCCGACGAAGCACUCUCAGAACGCCGCGUUAAAAACGUUCUGCGUCUGGAGAACCUGGAGCGGCGUCACCUCAACACUGUGCUCACGUGCAAGGCGUCUAACAAUGACAUGGUCAGCCCUCUCAGCGCUAACAUCACCCUCGACAUGUACCUGCGCCCAUUGGACGUCCGUCUGCUAGGAGAGAACCAACCGCUGAGUGCCGCCAGUGAGUAUGAGGUGGCUUGUCAAUCUUCUGGCGCACGACCCCCCGCUAACAUCUCCUGGUGGAAGGCAGGAGUUUUGCUAGACCACACGCGAGAAACGACAAGUCCCGACGGAAAUGUGACCACUAGUACACUCACGUUCUCACCACAAGUGGAGGAUUCUGGAAGGUCGCUGACCUGUCGUGCGGAGAACAGUCAAGUCAGCGGCAGCGCGCAGGAGGACACAUGGACGCUGAAUGUUCACUAUUCGCCAGUGGUGGCUCUGGAGUUGGGCAGUAACCUGAAUGGGAGUUCAAUCAGGGAAGGUAUGGACGUGUACUUCGAGUGCAACAUUCUAGCCAAUCCAUGGGUGUACAAAGUCAUCUGGAGACACAAUGGCCAGCCAAUGCAUAACAACGCGAGUACCGGUGUUAUCCUGAGCAACCAGACACUUGUACUGCAGUCUGUCAGCAGAAACAGUUCAGGCCUGUACACCUGCCUUGCCAGUAACUCAGAGGGUGACACAGAGAGCAAUCCUUUCAACCUGGAUGUAAAAUACGAACCGGUGUGCAGUGCGGGACAGCAGCGUGUUUACGGCGCUGCACGACAGGAGGAAGUGCGCGUUGUCUGUGACGUAGACGCUAACCCACCAGCGGGUCUUUUCCGCUGGUCGUUCAACAACUCUGCAGUUCAGUCACUAGAGGUUGACAGCGUGACGUCAGAGCCCGGCGGCGGCCGCAGCGUCGCCAGAUACAAGCCCGAGUCGGAAAGGGACUAUGGGACCCUGCUCUGUUGGGGGAGAAACGAACUUGGUUCCCAAGCAAUGCCUUGCGUCUUCCAUGUAGUGCCUGCAGGAAAGCCCGACGCCCCACGGACAUGCAUGAUGGUGAACAGGACCUCAACUGCCGUUCAAGUGAACUGUGAGAAGGGCUUCGACGGCGGUCUGCCUCAGGAGUUCACCAUGGAGCUGUACUCCGCGGCGCGCAACGUUGCUUCCAAUGGGCAUCAUCGGAUUGUGUCCAACAUCACGAGUCGCUCUAAGCCGGAAUUCACUGUGACAGGACUUGAACCCGGAGCAGGAUACUUUGUCUCCGUGUACUCCAGUAAUGGUAAAGGUCGCAGCACUGCUUUCACACUCUCCGUGUCGACACUUAAAUCAACUCUUCAGGAGCACCGCAGAACCACAGUGGCCACUUCUUUCCCAGCAUUCCCACAGGUCACUCCCGUUCUGUGGGUGCUGGCGGGUAUAGUGGUCACGCUUGGAGUAGUAGGGCUGGCAGCAGUGAUCACACUCCGAGUUCGAGGCGGUAUGUGUGGUGACUGUUUCGACCAGGAAGACGACGACCGGCACACAAGCACAGGCUCGCCAGAGUCCCUGGCAGAGGCAGGAGCAAAAGGAACAACUGCCAACACAGGAAAUUUGCUCACUGUUUCCCUACAAGGCGUCAAGGGCCCCGUCCUGGUAACGGCGGAAGAAAUGGACGACAGAAAUCCCGACGUUAUACCGCACACGACAGAUAUAGAAUAUGGAAAUGUGGAGUAUAAAUCUUACGAUAAAUUGAAUGUGGAUUCAGGAGGGAGACCUCUCAGUGCGGAUACAAAGCCACCGAAGUCUGUUAGCUACGGAAACAUCCCACACUAUUCCAGAACGGCCAGCACAGAGACCAUGGGGUUUGAAGCGCAGCCUGUGAGAUGGCUGCACGUGCCCGUGGGUCACCAGACCGUAACGACGGCAACUCAGACGCAAAAUGCCGAAACGCAGACUCCGCUGUUGGUUCGUCACAAAGAGAGUGCAGUGUAGCAUUCCGCCCCUUGAUUGUGAGUGGUGGCCUCUCUCAGACUCGCGCACGCAUUCGCAAGUAUCUGCAGAGUUUAAGCCGUUCAGUGUCUCGCUAUCAGAACACCAGCACCAAGCCAUGGAGGUCAGACUGGGUGAAGCAGAAGCGGUGUCCAAACAAAGCAACGAAUUUAAGAAGAGGCAAGGGAAGCUCAGAGGAAUAAGGACAACGAUGGAUAGACGAACGCUUAAUAUUGGAAAUGUAAUGCUCAAA